AUGGGAAGGGAAGGAACUAACCACCUAGCAACCUUGGUGGGGGUGAGUGCUACGGAUUCCUACUCCGCCCUCAACACCCUGCGCGCUCCAAAAAGGCGAAAGAAAGUCCAUGCUCGUACCUCCCGCCGACGAUGCGAAAGGCGGCCCUACUAUUGCAUUAAACGGCAGACGCACGUCAAGACAAUGGCUGACACCCCACAACCGCUGGGACCGGGCGGCUUCUUCCCUUCGCAAACUCUCCCGUCGCCCGCUCCCAGCACCGCCUCCGUCCGCUCCAGCGCGGCUCUUCCACAUCCUCGCGCCAGGUCGCUGCGACCGGGAUCGAACAAGGAAGAAACGGUGCGUAGAUACGUCGAGGAACGCCUGGCUGUAGUCAACCGUCGCUAUGUCAAGAAGUAUGGGAACCCUGAGCCUGGCGAUCAAGUCGUCGGCUAUAAGACUUUUGCCGAGCUUUGCAAAGACCUCCACGGCGUCAUCGACGUCCUAUGGCUAUCUGGAACCCCGAGCAUACAGAUCCCAUUUCUCUUGAACAUCGCCAGUGACUUCACGCAGUGGAUUGACUCAUUUCCACCUUCUCCCAGAGCUGCCUUUUCCAUCUUGAAGAAAUUGGAUCACUGCUUUGCAAGUCUUCUGGCUGGCCGCGACAUAGAAACAAAAGCCACUCUGCCCGGUUUCGAGAACGGCAUGAGAGCAGGCAUGUCCACGACCGACAUGGUUCGUUGCCGAAGCUCUGUGGAGCAAACCAGGCUGGCUGUUGUCGAGGUUCUCAGCAGGGAGCCUGAUGAUGGCAGCAAGGACGACGAAACGGAAGUGGACGACAGUGAGACGAACACCACAAUGGGAAACGACAUCGAUAUUGACGAUACAACGGGCUUGGCACGGGACGACGACGACGACGACGAUUACGACGACGACGACGACGACAGCAUUUAUAUGGAUGCCGCACGAGUCUAUGAGCAUACCAUUGUCCAGUUGGGCGAAAAGUUGGGAGAUGUCUUUGGGCCCGCGGUCCCAGGCGUCAGCGAUAACACUCUUUGCUCUGCCGCCUCAUGAUGGCCCACAAUCAACCGAAGGACAUCGAACUUUUUGUGAACCCGUAUACAACGUUCCUAAUAGCUUCGGAGCUACGGUUGGCUCGCACGCCGAUGGGUGACAGUGAACUGUGCACCAUCUUGGCCUAGUAAUUGUAACUCGUACUAUAAAGCAGAAUCCAGGCCCGUCUUGUCUCACAAGCCGGAGACGUGGAGAGGAUGACUGAAUACCGUUCGGGCACGAUGUUCGAAGGGUUUAGCGGCAAACAGAAUGCAUGGCGGAUUGAAACACGCUCCGUUGGGCCACAGCGAUUUGAUCAUCAUCGAAAGCGUUGGCGUUGCUCACUCGGCGUACAAGUCCUUGGUGCGAUGGAUUGUGGGAGCACCGCGAACCACUCUGGAUGUGAUUUUACACUAAGCAAUUGGGCGUACGGUAUAUGUAAGACGAUGAGCAAGGUAACGCGAACAUUUGCGGCGUGGCCAACGACCCCCUGAAAGACGCGAAUCGAGCGAUAUGCUGAUGAAUAGUUCAUCCGGGGACAGGGAAAGCAGCUUGUUUCUCUCUGUGGGUGGGCGCUCUGGUUCCAACUACGGGGAGGAUGUCUCGGGGAACGAUUUCCAGCACCAGUGAAUAAGGCCGGCAUUGACCAGCUGCUAUACUUCUAGCCGUACAAACUUUAGCAACCUUUCCAAGUGCGAUUCGUUUAAACUCGAGGCUUCCGCCGUAGCAAACCGACUUAAUCGAAAGUCCCCGAACAUGAAAUUCUCCGUGGACACGGACUGAUGCCUCCCCAAAACGAACCGCCCUGCAAGUGGCACUUCCCAUGAUCCUUGAAGCGGCGCUUUUCCCGUUCGUGGAUCUGAGCUGAGUGGACCUUGUCGCCUGGUGUCUCAGAACAUGCAAUGCUGGUCCAGUAUCAGAGCCAUGCGCUUGUGUGGAGUGUUUCCUUCUCUCCCCCCGUCUUUUUUGUGGUGUGUGGGUGGUCACCUAGUUACUACAAUUUCACUUCUUCUACGGAUGCUUCAUUUCUUAUACGUUAUUUUUUCAGGGGCUUCUGGGGAUCUCGUCAUGGCGAUUAUC